CCUUGUUACUCACCUCUUUGGUCUUCGUCUUCUCCAAAUCGGAACUGUGGAGAUAGCUCACCGGAGAAAUGGUGUUGUUGUUGAAGAAAAAGGAACGGUGAUCGGAAAUUGACAAAAUAGGAAGAAGCUUUUUCCAAUUUUACCUAAAAUAAGAAAUGAACAUUCAACAACUCAAAUUUUUAGUUAAACUUGCCCUAUUUUUCUUCAUUAUAGUAAUCGCUACUGUUCAUGGCUACUUAACAUGGCUUAGCUCUACUUCCGCUUCCAUUCUAUUAGCUGAUCUUCUUUCAGUACUUCUCCACCGCUACUCCCCUUAUAUCUCUCGUCUUUAUCAUUUCUUCCACCUUGAAAAUCCUAGACGAAAACGCCGUCAUUCUGAUAUCCUAGCGCCAUUAGUAGCGGUAUUCGUAGCGCCACUGUUUAGCCACAAAUUAUUUGACGACAUAAAUGUGACUGCUUGUAUGGUGGUAGCAACUACGUUUUACCCUCCAAUGAUGCAUUACUUUGGUAGACCUAGAAAUUUUCGGGUAUUGAAUAUGUUAUUUAUGCUUUCUGUUAAUAUUUCUUAUGGGGAAUUUGGAUUUGGGCCUAAUACUUGUGCAUCAGUUGCUUUUUUCACUUACAUUGCUGUGUUGGCGGGGCAAGCAGAGGCAGGUGCAGCUUAUGAGGAUGAUCUUCACCAUUUGACAUUGAAUCAGGUUAUGUCGAAUUUGAUGAUAGGUACAUUUUAUAAUGGUAAUACUGACAAUUGUUUUGUUAUGGUAGUACGGAGACGAUUACGUUAGUUAGUUAGUUAGCUAGACUGUGAUUAUUAGUAGAACAGUUGAUGUAAGUAGACUAUCUGCGAUGAAGGUUAAUUGGUAAAACGAAUACGGAGUGUACAUUAUUGCUUCUUUGUAAAUUUGUUGAGUACAAUUUACUUGGAAGUUAAUUAACUCUUCAAUUCCUCUAGUCGUUUGGUUAAUUGUUUUAUGGAAUGGAGAAGGCCAACUAACACAAACACCUUAUGCAAUAGUUGCUCGAGAUGACUCACGAAACUUCACCACGAUAAUGAAUUCAAUCUUGGAAACACCAUGUAACAGCAUUGAUAAUAUACAACAUAGAAUGGGCUGGAAUUAAGAGCAUAAGCUAAUCUUAGUACCUUCAAUAUUUUGAAGGCUACCCUAUACACAAGAUAUAGCAGAUAUUGUUGCAGGGAUUGUGAAAUCUUUGGCACUGUCGACUUGAUUCACCGUGAUAUAACAAUCCUAUUCAAGAUUUGUUUAAUUGAAUCAUGUGUAAUACAAUCAUGCACCAAAAAAAGAAAACAUGAGAACAGAUCAAUAAUCAAUGUUUUAUUGUGUACUCCUGUUUCCCUUUGUUGUCAUUUGGUGCUGCCAUGAUCUAACCUAUUAUCGUGUCAAGUAAACCUAUGCCAUCUUGAGGACUAUUUCAUGAGAUGGUUGUGUUGUGGUCUUCUCCACCCCAUAUGAAAGUGUUGUGGUAGUCAGCCUUGUUGGUGCAAGUUCUAACGCCCCUGCACUUGACCAAAUAUGAAUCUGGUUUUCAAGUCAACUUUAGUACAUAGUCACAGAUUAAUUAAUGUACAAGCAUUUGAGCUAAGUAUUUUGCUCCAUCAAUGUACUUGGAUCAUAUUCUCCAGAGGGAUCAUUGAGCUUAAACUUUAGGAGAUGUAAAGAAUGGUUGUUUCAAUCAGUUGCUUAUAAAAAGAGAUACUUUCAAGCUACUAUCAAUUUAACUACAGGUCUGGUGGCUUUCUCAUCACUUGGGAUGGUGGUGUUAGGGCGGUUCAUUAUAAAGUUACUUUUGUCAGCGAUUGGUGCAUAGAUACUUUUUAUCUUCUUAGAAACAUAUACAAGGAUGUUUUGGUCCUCUGAAUCACUUUACCACAAUUCAUUGUGGCAUUCUUUUGUAAAUGCUUGUGUAUAUUAAUCCUAUCCUUGAUCUGGACAGGUAACAGAAAGUUUUACUCCCUUUUGUUGCUUAAAUAAUGUCACUUUUAAGUAGCUUUGUGAAUUUCUGAUUGUUUCAAUUUCCGUCUCUAUGAAGUAAUACAAAACUCUAUAGAAGCCAUUUAAUGUAUUAAGCAGAAUUACUCUCUACUAUUGCCUUUCAUGAUGAGUUAGAUAUAGCAAUCCUUGUGUAUCAUGGCCAUAUGAUGAUUAUGGACAUUUUGAAGCUCAACACUGUAAGUUUUAGUUGGAUUGUCAUUUAUGUGAUAGCUGCAGUAUUUGUGGUUUAUUGGAGAAGGGAACACGGCCGCCGCGGGUGGUUGUUACCUAUUUACAGCUGUAACAGAGAUGAAGAUCAGAAUAGAUGAAAGGUAGCUUCAUGUUUAUACAAACUGUAUCAAGCUUUUCAUUUUCAAUUGCAAGGCUAUA